GGAUGGAUUGGGAAGGAUGGACAAGGGGAGGCGAAAAGGAGAGAAGGGGGUAGGUGAGAGGAAAAAAGGGGAGGGGGGGGGGGCGGCGGCAAGCUUCCAUCCCACACCGCAGGAAAUCUGUGUUUGGUUUAAGUACGAGCGUCUCCUGCAGAAAAACAGUCUGCGGGAGGAACAUAGAGCAGCAUGGCCAGCCGUGUGGAGCAUCCUGCUGCGGGCUACAAGAAGAUCUUUGAGACGGUGGAGGAGCUGAAUGAACCCAUACCGGCCCAAAUCAUUGGUGUUAUACCUUCAUGGCUUGGGGGAAGUCUUCUCAGGAUGGGGCCGGGUCUCUUCGAGGUGGGAGGUGAACCUUUCAACCACCUGUUCGAUGGACAGGCUCUCAUACACAAGUUUGACCUGAAGAACGGUCAGGUGACCUACUACAGGAAGUUCAUCAGGACGGAUGCGUAUGUCCGCGCCAUGACGGAGAACCGAGUUGUCAUCACAGAGUUUGGAACAGCAGCGUACCCAGACCCCUGCAAAAACAUCUUCUCCAGAUUCUUUACUUACUUUAAAGGAAUUGAGGUGACCGAUAACUGCCUCGUGAACAUCUGUCCAAUCGGUGAGGACUUCUAUGCCGUCACAGAGACCAAUUACAUCACCAAGGUGGAUCCUGAUUCGCUGGAGACUCUAGAGAAGGUGGACCUGUGUAAGUACGUCUCAGUGAAUGGGGUGACUGCUCACCCCCACACCGAUGCAGAUGGUACGGUCUAUAACAUGGGCAAUUGCUUCGGUAAGAACUUGAGUCUGGCUUACAACAUCGUCAAGAUCCCGCCUGCCCAGGAAGAUGAGAAAAACAAGUCCGAUCCCCUGGAGCGAUCCCAGGUGGUCGUUCAACUGCCCAGCAGUGAGAGGUUGAAACCCUCCUACCUACACAGUUUCGGUAUGACAGACGACCAUUUUGUGUUUGUGGAGCAGCCGGUGAAGAUCAACCUGCUCAAGUUCCUGUCGGCUUGGAGCGUCAGAGGGGCCACGUACAUGGACUGCUUUGAAUCCAACGACAGCAUGGGGACAUGGUUCCACCUGGCCACUAAGGACCCAGCAGAUUAUCUGAGCAGCCACAAGUUCAGAACGUCCGCUUUCAACAUCUUCCACCACAUCAACGCCUAUGAGGAGCAGGGAUUCAUCGUGGUCGACCUCUGCACGUGGAAAGGGCAUGACUUUGUGUACAACUACCUGUACCUGGCCAACAUAAAGGAGGAGUGGGAGGAGGUGAAGAAGGCAGCGAUGAGAGCGCCUCAGCCCGAGGUCAGACGAUACGUGCUGCCGCUGGACAUCCACAGGGAAGAGCAGGGAAAGAAUCUGGUGUCUCUGUCCUACACCACAGCAACGGCUGCUCUUCGCAGUGACGGAACCAUCUGGCUUGAACCUGAAGUUCUCUUUUCUGGACCCAGACAGGCCUUUGAGUUUCCACAGAUAAACUACUCUCUAUGCCGUGGGAAGAAGUAUUCCUUCGCCUACGGUUUGGGUCUCAACCACUUCAUCCCUGACAGGAUAGUCAAGCUGAACGUGCAGACCAAAGAGACGUGGGUGUGGCAGGAGGAAGAAUGUUACCCGUCGGAGCCGCUGUUUGUACCAACACCCGCAGCCACAGAGGAGGAUGACGGUGUGCUGCUGAGCAUUGUGGUGAAGCCGGGGGCCGAGAGGCCGAGCUUCCUGCUGGUGCUGGAUGCCGCGAAGCUGACGGAGCUGGCCAGGGCCGAGGUCAGCACCAUCAUCCCUGUGACCCUACACGGCACUUACAAGCCAUGACCCUUACCGUCACCCCCGCGCAGCCAAGAAACAGCCAAUAUAUAUAUAUAUAUAUAUAUAUAUAUAUAUAUAUAUAUAUAUAUAGAAGGUUCUCGUUUCUAUUUUUAUGUGAUCAGUGUUAAUUCCCUCUGCCGUUGGGCUCGAGCUGACUGAGAGUGCUUGCAGCUAACGGUGCCUUUUAUCUGGAAUGUACAAAUGCAAUCGCUGUAUUUACUCCGUUUACAAUGUUUAAUUUCAUAAUGUACCAUAUACUGUAGUUAAUUACCGUGACAUCCUUCAUCCAAGAGGUACAAUUAAAUGCAAACAAUAUUUACAGCUAUUCACAUUCUUGUUGUUCUUUAGGCAUGUUUAUUGGUAUAGCACAAUAAACAACAUAUCAUUUCAAGUAAUUCACAUAAAACUAUUAAAACCUUCAACUUAAGGAAAAAUAGAGAUACAUUUAAAACAAUUAAGAUCAUUGAUUUAAAAAAAUACUUUCUCAGAAACGGUCAAUGACAAUCAGAAAUGACAAUAAAGAAAGUGUUUGUAAAGCUACAGUUUUUUAUUAGUUUUAUUUUAAUGUUAGUGCUAGUACGUAUUACCUUACCGCUAUAGUCUUACAGCUAUAGAUGACACACAUCUCCACAAACUGAAGAAAGAGUUGUAAUCCCAAAUAUGUUGAUACACAUCCAGCAGCUGCACUCAGAACCCCUAGGUGGUGGAGGAUGACCCUCAGCAGAGCUUCAGUGGUUUCUUACGGGUCUGAACCCAACCAGACACUUCAACCCUUUGGGAGAAGACCGUGAACCACUGAAGCUCAAGGGAACUCUGAAUAACUGGACGUCCUGAAAUCCACCACAUAUACUACUAAGAUAUCUGUAUUUUUACCCCUGUGCAUUGUAAAGGUGAUUGUGGAACUUUGUAAUAAAAUCGGGCUGCAGCCCUCAUAUUGUGAGCAACUAUCACUCAGCGUCCUGAGAUUUUCCCUCUGACAGCUGUGUGAUGACUGCCUCCACCAGGCUGGGCUGAGUACUGCUGGGUGGCGGAUUGGUGGUAUGUUGAAAGAACUAUAAGGAGCUGAUGUAAAAAACAAAACAUGUGGAGAAAAAGCACAGACAAUCUGCGAAGGGAUUUAGGGAUACUUCCUUAACAAAUACACCUAAAAAUAACUUGUAUGAAUAAGUUAUUUUUAGGUGUAUCUGUAAAAUCCUGUGCGUCAAUAGAGGGAGAGGUGACCUUUAGUAACUAGAGGUUGUACACUAUGGAAAAAGUGCUUU